AUGCAGGCUUCAGGUCGAUGGUUUCCCUCUCGCGGCUCGCCCCAGCUAAUUCCCUGCAGCUGGACCGGCUCACCAGAAAAGCCAUCGACAAGAGGUUGCGGCACUCCAAUUUUCUUACAAUCCCCGGACGAAUCUAUGGGGAACGACCAGAUACCCUCAGUGCCAGACUCGUCUACCGACGGAGACUCAUAUACCCACGAAGAGUCCCGUACCGACGAAUACAGCCAUAUCCACGACGACCCCUAUAUCCACGAAGACCUCUAUACCCACGAAGAGCCCUAUGCCCACGAAGACUCCUCCUAUACAGAUGAAGGUUACUAUACCGACGAAGGCUCCUAUACCCUCGAUGACUCCUAUACCCGCGAUGACUCCUAUGCCCUCGGAGAAGUCUAUUCCAACUUCAGGCAGGGCAUGACUCCGGAGAGCGCUAGUGAUCUUUUGAGCAACGGGGCUCAUAUUGACAGCGCGGGAGGGCCAGACGGAGAAACGGUGUGGCAUGCAGUCGUCAAGUACCAGGAGGAGCCUAUACCAAUGCUGGAAUGGCUUGACAAACAUUCGUCCGUGUUAUGCGAUGAAACCAAGUCGAAUGGAGACAGUCCUUUGAUGUUAGCAAUUCACCUGGGGAAGUUUGAGACGCUAAAAUGGCUUAGCUGGCAUAGCGAUCUCAGGCUGGUGAAUCCUGUCAGACAGCUGACAGCACCUGAGAUUGCCGCCAGAAGCGAGGGUCCAGAGAGUAGGGAGAUGUUGGAGAUCAUGGCGGAGAGCAUGGAAGAACUGGAAAACUGGAAAGAGCUAAAAGACCGAAUUGACAAGGCGAUUUGUCAUAGUCUGGAAUAUAGAACCCGGCACCUCACAGUCUCCAUGCAUGUUUAUUGCGAGAGCAAGCUAUGUGCUGAGCGGCCUUGCGUCGAUCUCAACAAGCGGCUUCAGGAAGUGCAAGGUCUUGCGUUACAAAAAUGGGAGCUACUUGAACGUAUUCUGGGAAAUCAAGUUAAUCAUACUUAA